AUGUCAGCGUAUAACCGCGGAAAUGCGAAGGCGGACGGGGACGGCUUGCCACGUGUACGCAUGCUGAGCUGUCUGCACGCGCUUUUCACGCAGCUGCACGACUCGGGAAGCGAGGAGGCAGCAGCGGACGGAGCCGCCCACUCCCAAAAUCUAGGCCACUACUUCUCCCCUCUUCCCCUUCUCCCCUCUUCCCCUUCUCCCCUCUUCCCCUUCUCCCCUCUUCCCCUUCUCCCCCCAACCCUUGCUCGCAUUUUGCACCUGCGGAACCUUAUCACACCCUUCCGUGCCUCCCCUCUCCCCCCUCCCCUCUCCCCUCUACCCUCUCCCCUCUCCCCUCUACCCUCUCCCCUCUACCCUCUCCCCUCUCCCCUUUCUCAUCUCCCCCCUUUUCCUCGUUCCUCCUCUUUACCCUCUCCCCUGUCGGAGAACAACCUUCCUCCAGCACCUGCUCUUCUUCCUGUUGCCAUUCCUGCUUUCUUUCCUUACAUGUGCUGUGUCCCCUCAGCCUCUCCCAUGAAGGAGUUCCCUCCCUCACCCCGUAGUAGCACAUCUGCGGUACCGGUCCGGUCGUGCCUGCGCCUGCUGACCUGCGGCAAGCUGCCGUCCAACCAACGCGCUGUGAGCCGUCCGAUCCUCAACCCGGCCGAUCUGGACGGUCUAGAGAAGGCGGUGCGCAUCCUGCACCUGCGGUACUGGUCAAGCCUGCGCCCGCUCACCCGCGGCAAGCUACCUAUCGACCGAUGUUCCAUUCUCCUUCCAUUCCCUUCCCCUCUCACUACCCCCCCUCUUCCCUCCCUCCCCUCCCCCCCUCCUAUCCCCCCGUUUCCCUCUUGGCCCUCCUCCCCUACUACCCCUCCCGCAACCAUGCCUGAACCCCACCCCCACGGUCAGGCGCUGUGA